GGCUGGCCGCUUCGAGAUGGACGGCGGCAGGAUCCGAAAGGUGCCCAAGGGCGCGCGUCGCCCGCGCCACGAGGGCGCCAAGGCAGACACCGACGUUGCUGUCUCGAGGAGGCCAGAGCACGGGGCACUGCGAGCGGCCUCGUCGGGGGCGUCGUCCUCUCGCUCGGCGCGACGGCCGGACUCCGCGUCCCGGUCGCCCUCGCCCGCGCCGGCGCACACCGGCGAGGACGAGGCCCUGGCCGAGGUUUGCCAGAGCUCAUUGAAGGUGUCCGGGGACAUGGUGGUAACGGAGGCCACCGAGGCAGAGGCUGCCGCGUUGGAGGCGGCCGCCGACGGGCCGCCGAAGGCGGCGAAGCAGAGCGCGCCGGCGGAGGAGCCCGGGCAGCCUCCGAGGCCGCCGCCGCCGCCGGGGGACGGCUGGACCAAGUACCAGGACAACGGGGCAAAUUGGUGGUACUACGAAGGGCCGCUUGGGCAGUUCUGGUGUCAGGAGAACUCGAAGGAUAUACUACCUUACGGCGAGAUUUCGGUGCGCUUACCAUGCCUUUCUCGUAGAAUCUCGAGGCAGGGAGAGAGGAGAAUAAGAGAAAGAAGAAGUAUGAGUGUUGGUUCAGUUUAAUUGGUUGGGCCUCCAGUCACCCAACGUCUUAACGUGAUGCUUGACACAUUCUUGCAAAAGAGCGGACUGCCACGUCCAUUAUGUAUUGAGGUCGUUUUGCAUCAGCUUUUGCAGAAGCAGCGCUUACGAUUCGAAUGUGGAGCGUACAUGUUAUAGAAUGGCAUGGUUCCUCCUGGGCUGGGACCGUUGAGCGCCCCUCUAGCACAUGUAUGCUUGUAUUCAUAAGUUACAGUCGGGGCCCUGAAGAAGGAACCCUUUUCGUUGGAGAGGGGUUCGGCGUUCCUUGAUUGUUCUGC